AUGACAAAGGAUCGGCUAGGAGCCUUAAAAGCGGCUCAAUCCGAAGAUGAGGGCGAUGAGGAUAUGCAAAUGGACACCGGCAAUGCCCAAUUUAUGGAGGAAUUCUUUGAACAGGUAGAAGAAGUACGUGGAAGUGUCGACUUGAUUGCACAAAAUGUGGAAGAGGUCAAGAAAAAACACUCAGCUAUUCUCUCAAAUCCCGUCAAUGAUCCAAAAACAAAAGAAGAGUUGGAUGAGCUCAUGGCAUCGAUCAAACGAACAGCCAAUAAGGUGCGAGGAAAGCUAAAACUGAUAGAAAACGCAAUCGAACACGAUGAAUCAGCAGGGCAAGUAAAUGCCGAUCUUCGAAUAAGAAAAACGCAACAUUCCACUUUGUCUCGACGCUUCGUUGAAGUGAUGACCGACUACAAUAAAACACAAACCGAUUACCGAGAACGGUGCAAGGGGCGCAUUCAAAGACAGCUGGAUAUUGCCGGUAAACAAGUUGGUGACGAGGACUUGGAAGAAAUGAUCGAGAGCGGGAAUCCCGGAGUUUUCACACAAGGAAUCAUCACCGAUACCCAACAAGCACGGCAAACCCUUGCUGAUAUCGAGGCUCGCCACAAUGAUAUUAUGAAAUUGGAAAGUUCGAUAAGAGAAUUGCACGACAUGUUUAUGGACAUGGCUAUGCUCGUCGAGAGUCAAGGAGAGAUGGUUGAUCGUAUCGAGUACAACGUCGAGCACGCAAAAGAGUUCGUUGAUCGAGCGGUGGCCGACACAAAAAAAGCUGUACAGUAUCAAAGCAAAGCGCGAAGGAAGAAAAUUUGCAUCAUCAUCACAAUAGUCGUGAUCAUUCUCAUUGUGAUUGUGGUGGUGGUUGUUUGGGUGGCCGUGAGUACAUCAAAUGCAAAACGCAUCAAGCCGCAG